AUGCUAAGCAAAGAGGUUCAGGCUGCCGAGCAAUCACUUAACGAGCUGAAGGCGCUGCCUUCAACAUCAGAAGCUCAAAUAGCAGCAGAUCUUGUUCGCAAACCGGCUUUUGUUGAGCCGUUCAUCAUCGCCUGUCAUACUCGACAUGCGAAACUCGCAGGGAUCGGAGUCAUUUGCUUGCAGCGAUUGAUUGCUUCUCGAUCGUUGCCAUCUCAACGCCUUAAGGACGUCCUUACUGGCCUGAGAGAGACGACAAGCCUGAGUCUUGAUAUUCAAUUAAAAAUCUUACAGUCCUUACCUUCGCUGUUGCAGUAUUACUCCAACGAGCUUAGUGGAGACCUUCUUGCAAACACGUUAGAAAUCUGCGCUACAUUGCAAGCAAGCAAGACGAUGGCCGUGAGUAGCACUGCUGCUGCUACGCUCCAACAGUUGGUGGUAUCGACGUUUGAAAGGGUGUCGAAUGAAGAUAAACUUUCCAACGAUGAGAAAUCCACUACCUCAAUCACGGUCGACGGUCAUUCGGUUGAGGUGGGACAAUUCGCGUUCGAUGCGUUGCAGGUUCUGGAUGAUCUGUGCCGUCUUAUUGAGGGCGAACAAUUGCAAUUUUUGCGCACGAGAAUCUUGUCUCCAAUUUUUGUUCUUGAGCUCAUCGAAAGCAUCAUCCUCAACAGUGGCCGCCUCUUUGUCAAUCAUCCGGAACUUUCGCAGGUGCUGCGAGUUCGUUUGAUGCCCUUGGCUGUGAGGUAUCUCUCGGAGAGGCAUUCGUUUUCCCAGACUGUUCGGAUUGCGCGCAUUCUUCUUGUGCUCUUAAAACGUCACAUGUCUCUCCUGCCUGCCGAGUGUGAGAUGGCAUUUGGCCUGCUAACCCAUUUGCUUGAACCUGAUGGAAACGCGCCCUGGAAACGCGUUUUGUGUAUGGAGGUUUUCCGCGGUAUCUAUGCUGAAGCGGGCGUUGUUCGCCAAAUUUACACCUUGUACGACGGAGACGAACGCAGAAAGAACGUUCUCCGAGAUCAUAUGGCAGCACUUGUUCGGCUUGCGUCGGAGAAGCCCUCCCUGAUCGGGGUCAGCAACCAAUCCACGGUGCCAUCACGUGCUGAACAUCUACGCUCCGCAACGGAGGAUCAGAUCGCCCUUGAAACAGGUGGCGUCGCAGGCGUCAUAGGGUCAACAGGCCCACCAGCAGAGACCAAAGUACCAGGGAUCAGCAGCCAAUGGAGUGUUGUACGGACCCCGUAUAUCGAACUACUGGAUAAAACGGAGCCACCACUACCGCCAGACACCUAUAUCUACAGCCUUGUUCUCAACUGUAUCAGCAGCUUUGCCGAGGGCCUUGGAAAAUUCAUUCUUCCUCUUACAGUCCCUGACUUAAGGCAGAAGAAGAAGAACCGCUAUGUGAACACAGACCAGGGACCCGACUCUGCGCGAUCAUCUCAAGAUCUCCAAUCUGAUGCCUGGCGGGCUCAGACAGCCUCACCAGGCAAGAGGUCGUCGGUUCCUAUCAAUCCUCUGGAUUUGACUUCUCAUAUACAAUACUCCGCGAUCAUGACCUGUGCCGGGAUGGUUGAUAAUUGUUGGCCUGCUGUUCUUGCAGCCUGUUCCACCUUCUUGCACGCUUCCCUGGACGAUGAGUAUUACCACAACCUAGUACGAGCGUUCCAAAAGCUAGCACAUGUAGCUGGCCUUCUGAGACUCUCUGUGCCUCGUGAUGCAUUUCUUACCACACUGGGAAAAGCUGCUACUCCCGUAAGCGCAAGCGGUUCCAGAGGGCAAAUUCCUGCCACACCAACUGCAGCUGGCGCUCAAUCUAAUGAGAGCCAUCAGAAAUCGCGAAAGAGCUCAGACAUGCUAAGAACAAGUUCAUUGCCUGCGGACUCUUCUGGGUUGGAAAGCUCCACGCCGUCCUUGAGUACGAGGAAUCUGCUUUGUCUUCGAGCUUUACUCAAUCUUGGAAUUGCAUUAGGGCCUACUUUGGACCAGCCGGCCUGGUCAAUUUUAUUUGAGACAUUGCAAUACACUGAACUCGUGAUCGGCAUAUCAUCCAGUACUAUGGUUAAAUCGGCCAAUGCUUUGGGCGAAACCACGGCGAUUUUUGGAAAUGAUAUUCCAACUGCAAAUCUGGGAGUGGAAGUGAUUGCAGUUCAGGCAGCCUCAUCCAAGAUGUUUGAGAGCACUAGUGAUUACCCCAGCGGGGCUUUCCAGGAGAUCCUACAUGCACUCUUGAACCUGUCUUCCUCGACGGCACCAGAACCGCGGAACGAGCCAGAGCAAGAAGUUUCUGAGAUGCCGAGUACCCCUCAAUCCUCACAGAAGUCUGGACGAAUGCAUCAAAUUACUCGGCGUGUGUCUCACACUGUGGGAAUAUCAAGAAUGCAGGAUGAAGAGCUCAAGUUUGUUCUAGAGAAAGUGAACGAAUUAGCCCGGGCGAACCUUGAGAGGCUUUCGUCACUUGACGACGAGGACAACAAAUCUUGGGAAAUCCUUACGCAAAGUCUGAUAUCUGCUUCCGCCAACACUGAAAUCAGUCCCAAUCUUCGUCUGCAAUCUAGCGGAAUCCUCAAUUCGUUGGUGUUCUUGACCAUGAAUGCACAGGAUGUCGAUAAAAAAGUCCUGAACCAGGUCCAUACGAGAAAUCUCGAAACCCUCAAGAACCAAGUAGCAUCACUUUACCCAUCUGAUUCGUCCUCCACGAAGUCGCUUCCAACCACUGUUAUUGAAAUCCAUGAGCAGAGUUUGGAGGUUCUUCAAAACAUACUCGAGCAAUAUGCUGAAGCUUUCACGGACGGAUGGGAUCACACUUUUGAUUUGAUAUCGGGAGUCUUUCAAGUCAUCCCAAAGGCUGAGACUGGGGAUCUCCUACCAACCACCCCGGCUGAGCGUAGGUCGUCGGCCCUUCCAGCCGGUCCUCGGUUAGUCCGCGCAGCAUACAAGUCUCUUCAUCUUGUGGCUUCAGAUUUCCUCUCCUUGUUGCCUGCUCCCUGCCUUUUGAGCCUGGUCAAUGCAUUUUCUAGCUUCGCCUCGCAGACACAGGACUUCAACAUUUCCUUGACCACAACAUCCUUUUUCUGGAACGUAUCCGAUUUCCUUCAGGAACAAAUCGAGAAGUUCUCGAUUGAGAGUCAUUUUGAUGCCUCUGUCACCGAAGAGGAAUUGGCAAAGCUUGCUUGUGACAAGAAUCCCUCUGUCUCAAAGAAUUCUCUUUGGCUGUUGCUGCUGCUCCGUAUUGUUGACAUUGCGACAGACUCGAGGCCGGAGAUUCGAAACAGCGCGAUCCAUACUCUUCUGAGGAUUUUUGACGCUUACGGGCAACAGCUAUCACCAAAAGCAUGGAGGUUGUGUCUGAACAGAGUCUUGUUUCAAAUGGUGGAAGCAGUUGAAAACAAUCUCUUCAAAUCGAAGGACAAGCUCAAUGGGUCGGCAGAUAGCCUCAAGUCACGGGUGGAAACGACAGUCUUGAUGAUCAACGGGAUCUCAAAUCUUAUCACAAACUUCUUCGAUACCAUUGUGAGUGACGAAAUGUUCGACGAGUCUUGGACUCGGCUUUUGAAGUACUUGCAGGCAUUGUUGGACUUGCAACUUCUGAAAUUCAACGAGGCGACCUUCGUUAGCCUUUGUGCGAUUCUCGUUAGGGUGCAGUCCCCCUUUGGGCUUAGCAAGAAAGCUCUUCAAUGUGCCUGGGAUCUGUGGGCUAAUGGCCACCCGGCUGAAGAUGAAGCCAUGCUUGAUCUGGAUCGACCCAACCAAGACGCCGCGUUGGCCUAUAUGCAAUCUUUCCAGCAGGUAUAUCGUCUCUAUAAAGAUGAUUUGACCACGGACCAUGUCAAAAAGGUACUCCAACACCUUCGUCUGCUUGUAUGGAAUUCGGUAUACCCACCUUACUCGACGGAUAUCGACCGCUCUUCCGAUGUCCAGGGGCUGGUGAUUGAUUGCAUCAGGACUCUUUGCUUAGAGAAUGAAGAAUCACAGGCUGCUAUUCUUAUCUGUCUCGCAGACCUGUCAGAUUCCGCCCUGUCAAAAUGGAGUUCCAGCAACGACUCGAGAAAACCAACUUUUGUUGCCUUCUCCAAGAGCGCCAUAGAUCUCGUAAGCUGGUACAUCGCGGACUUCGGUAUCAAGCAAGACAUUUUUUCGAACAACGCACUUGCCACCGCCCUUGAGCGUCUCCAUGUAUCGAUCAAGUACAAGUACAUGUGGGAAGGCAAGGAUCGUGAACCUUAUCUCUGGCAAAAGGCCACAACUGCGUCUCUGAACGUUCUCGAAGUCGCGGUACCCUACGUGGAGAAGCAGUACCCCAAGGCCAAGGAAGCAGGAAUCGCACGCUUCUGGCAAAGCGUCAUCGACAUCACCGAUGGCAUCGUCUCAGCCCGUGGAUUCCGGACCCAGCAGCUAUCCAAUAUCCGAAUCCUUUCCGACGAAGAAUUCGAUACCACAGCCUUCGCCCGGCUAAAGCAAAUCAUUCUCCCAUCCCUCGGUGCUUCCGCUAUCCCCGACCCAAUACGCCGAAACUUCGCCUGCGCCCUCUUCCACUCCUCAUUUAUCUACGCUCCGCAGCGCUUCGAUCUUCCCUCCGCCCCAAUCGAGGACUUUCCCCUCGAAGACUACUACCGCGUUCGCGCAGGUCGCACCUUCGACCCGCCUCCGACCCUUCGCCCAAGAAUGGCCUACGCCCUCAUGGACUCCCUCUUCGAGCUUGCGGGUAAUGCCGAGUCCGAGUUCAAGUCCACCGCAUCUGCGCAGACUCUGCUCGCCAGGUCUAUCUCUCCCUACCUCCUGCUCCGCUGCGCUGUCUCGCUUAAAGGCUACAUCGCCGACCAGCCUCUCCGGGGCCUCAUGCCCCAACCAAGUCCAUCGCGGAAAGCCCUGCUACAUCUUUUGCUUCAGAUGGUCCAGCUUCGAAGCGAGCCUUCUGCUAUCCCAGACCCACCCUCUGUCCAUUCUGGUGCGGCAACAGCCGGUGAUGACAAGUCCCCACGUCACCACCGCAAGCAUCUCGAGUGGCUGUAUCCUCUUAUUGUCCAAGCCGUCCAGGUCGCGGGUAAAGAGCGUGACGAUGGACAGGUUCUACAGGCUUUGGGCAAGGUGUUGGAACAGACGGGCCGAUUCGAGUAG